AGGGGCAGGGGAUGGUGCUGGGGCUGGAGCACUGCGCUCCACGUGCCCUCGAAACCUGUUUUCCCCUUUUACGUAAGCUGUUCCAAACAUGUUUGUUACAAGCCCCUGGUGAUGUACCUUUGGAAAGAGUGGUUUUGGGUCCAAAGAUCAGUGCUGGGACAGUGACCUGCCUGCUGCAAACAAGACCCUGCAGAGUAUAAAACCCCAGUGGCACAGUGGAGUACGGGACAGGCAGAGGUACGCCGAGGGCAGAGAGCAGGAUGGAGGCCAACAUGAACCUCCUGCAUGACGUGGGCAUCCAGACCACACACUGGCUGCAGCAGCGCUUCCAGGGCUCCCAGGACUGGUUCCUCUUCAUCUCCUAUGCUGCUGACCUCAGGAAUGCUUUUUUUGUCCUCUUCCCCAUCUGGUUCCACUUCAGUGAAGCAGUGGGCAUCAGGCUCAUCUGGGUGGCUGUGAUCGGAGACUGGCUCAACCUCGUCUUCAAGUGGAUCCUCUUUGGGGAGAGACCAUACUGGUGGGUCCUUGACACAGACUAUUAUGGCAACAACUCUGCACCAGAGAUCCAGCAGUUCCCACUCACCUGCGAGACUGGCCCAGGGAGCCCAUCUGGCCAUGCCAUGGGUGCAGCAGGCGUGUACUAUGUCAUGGUGACAGCCCUCCUCUCUGCUGCUGCGGGACAGAAGCAGUCAAGAACACUGGGAUACUGGGUGCUGUGGGCAGUGCUUUGGAUUGGCUUCUGGGCAGUCCAGGUCUGUGUCUGCAUGUCCCGAGUCUUUAUUGCUGCUCACUUCCCCCACCAGGUGAUUGCAGGGGUUUUCUCAGGGAUGGCUGUGGCCAAGACCUUCCAGCACAUCCGCUGCAUCUACCAUGCCAGCUUCCACCGGUACCUGGGCAUCACCUUGUUCCUCUUCAGCUUCACCCUGGGUUUCUACCUGCUGCUGUGGACAUUCGGCGUGGACCUGCUCUGGACGCUGGAGAAGGCACAGAAGUGGUGCAGCAACCCUGAGUGGGUCCACAUUGACACCACUCCCUUUGCCAGCCUCCUCCGUAACCUGGGCAUCCUCUUCGGGCUGGGGCUGGCCCUCAACUCCCACCUGUACCAGGAGAGCUCCUGGUUAAAGCAGGGCCAGCAGCUGCCCCUCCGCCUGGGCUGCAUCGCUGCCUCCCUCCUCAUCCUCCACGUCUUCGAUGCCUUCAAGCCUCCCUCCCACAUGCAGCUGCUCUUCUACGCCCUCUCCUUCUGCAAGAGUGCUGCUGUGCCACUGGCCACUGUCGGCCUCAUCCCCUACUGCCUCUCCCAGCUCCUGGCCACACAGCACAAAAAGGCUGCCUAAGGCACCCCGACACCCCAGGGGUGUCUCAGGGGCAGCUAGCAGGCCCUGGGUGCACCUCAGCCACUGCUUGCCUCCCGCUGAGUCUGCACAGGCUGAUUCUGCACUGGGAGCAGACCACGGAGGCUGGGCUGCUGGUGCUGCUGGGUGGCUCCCACACCACAGACCCACAGUGCCAGUCACGCUGGGCUGGGGCUGGCACAGAGAGCCCUGCAUGCCCACAACUUCCCUGCUGCCCCUCCUGCACCCACAGGUUGGGGUCACCUGCCCAGGACCCAGCAGCAGCAGCAGCAGCAGAGGGAGGUCCUGCACUCCCUUGCAGCCCGUGGGGACAGGCCACCUCUGUGCUGCAGGGCUGGGGACAGCACCACUGGCAGCAGGGCUCCCACCUCAGCGUGUCUGGGGUCUGCUGAAGAGGCAGCUCUGUGACAGGAAUGGACAGACUGUGACAUGGAGAUCAAGUGCCAGUGUGAGGGACCCCCAGCCCAGGGACGUUUGGUGUUCACCUGUGUGUGAUCAGCGUGGGGGGCACUCACACCCACGUGUGCACAUGCAUUACAUGGAGCUGUGCACACAUCACAUGGGGUGGCUGGGGCUGUGCCCCACAGGAGCACAGGAGGUGCUUUUAAUAAAACAGGAGGUGUUUUAUUAAAGCUGAA